AUGACCGAGAAGUACACUCCGUUCGACUGGAGCAAGAACUAUGAAUGGAGCACCUGGCCUCAGUUAACUAGGAGUGGGGCCGGGCAUGGCUCUAGUGCACCAAGUCGGUAUAUCCAGGAUCAGGAAGAAAACCAAAGCUUCUUCGAAGGGUUUGGUCCCCUUCCCAGAGCUAACGAGGCCAGAAAAACAGUCUCUCCUGUGGACCGUAAGAUGGUAAGCAGACUAUACACACUCUACCCUAACUUCACACACCGCGAAGCUAAACGAUUCUCACAGUUGCUGAACUACUUACACUCCACUAUACACGAGGUCGAGCUACCGCAGACCAGAGUUUUCGAACCGGAGCCAAGGCCUAUGUUAAUUAGGCCUAAAAUAUUUUUUGAAUGGGGGUGGUUGAGGCCACUAGAAGACGGGGGCUGGGAGGGAGGCCCCUAUGAAUUUCCCGAAGACCCGGGUGACAUCGAUAUCGAUUAUUAA